AACGCCGCCCGGUGCGCCCGCCUCCCCUUCCCGGCCGGAACCCCGAGCGCGGCGCCGGGGACGGAGGGGCCGCUGGGCGACGGACAGCCGAGCGGAGGACGGACGGAUAGGCGGGCGGGCGGGCGGGCGGGCGGGCGGCGGGGCCGCGCCGGAGCCAGCGGAGCAGCGCCCGCCAUGGUGGUCGUCAAAGAAUACCGCGUCGUUUUGCCUGUGUCGGUGGAGGAGUACCAGGUGGGGCAGCUAUACUCCGUUGCUGAGGCCAGCAAGAAUGAAACUGGUGGGGGCGAAGGGGUGGAAGUGCUGGUGAAUGAGCCCUACGAGCGAGACGGGGAGCGGGGGCAAUACACACACAAGAUAUACCACUUGCAGAGCAAAGUCCCUCCCUUCGUAAGGAUGCUGGCCCCUGAGGGUGCCCUGGACAUCCACGAGAAGGCCUGGAACGCCUACCCUUUCUGCCGGACCGCAGUUAUAACAAAUGAGUACAUGAAGGAUGACUUCCUGAUCAAAAUUGAAACCUGGCACAAAGCAGACAUGGGCAUGCAGGAGAAUGUCCAUAAACUGGAUCCUGAGGAGUGGAAGAACGUGGAGGCCGUUUAUAUAGACAUUGCGGACCGGAGCCAUGUGCUUUCCAGGCAGGACUACAAGCCAGAAGAAGACCCAGCAAAAUUUAAGUCGGUCAAGACUGGCCGUGGCCCUCUGGGCCCCAACUGGAAGAAGGAGCUGGGCAAGCAGGCCGAAUGCCCCUACAUGUGUGCUUACAAGCUCGUCACAGUCAAGUUCAAGUGGUGGGGUCUGCAAAACAAAAUCGAGAACUUCAUCCAGAAGCAAGAGAGGCGGCUUUUCACGAAUUUCCACCGGCAGCUGUUCUGCUGGCUUGACAGAUGGGUUGACCUGACAAUGGAGGACAUUCGCAGGAUGGAGGACGAGACGAAGAGGCAGCUGGAUGAGAUGAGAGAGAGGGACCCUCUGAAAGGCAUGUCAGCUGCAGAUGAGUAGCGGGGAUUCCUUUCCCACAUGUUCGCGAGAGACUCUGUGGGAAGGCCCAGGAACUCCACCCUCUUGACCAGCGGACCGUCUCUGGACACUCAAGCCCUCUUCCUCCAGUCAGCCGGCAACUUCUGCCCCCCCUUGCUAAUUCUAGUUGCCCUUAAUCUAGUGAGCAAAUCCUUUGGUCCUGAGCGCCCGGGCCGCGGUGCCCGGGAAAGAGGCGGCCCUUCAGGACAGCUGCUUCUGUGACUACCCCGUUUCCCCAGGGAGGGGCACACACCGGUUCUCAUGUGACUCUUUGGUUUCCAAGUGGCAGGUUUUUUUGAAGUAGUUUCGUGGUGUGGUGAUUUAAGAGUUCCUUGGUCCCUGUCUGUGUUUCCCCUCCUCCGAAUCCUGGAUGGCACCGCACUUGUGGAGACGGGAGCUCAGCGCUGAGCGCCACAAAUGCUGCGAUCCGGAAGCCUUUUUCCUCUAAAGAUUAUUCUUGUCUUGGGUGCAUCUCUGGGCCCCUCGGUGCAGGUUUGGCUGUUGGCACACGGUUUCCCCAAUCACCUUGUGGUCACUUCUCCUUACCCCCCCCCCCCCCACACACACCCCCCCGCGGCUGCCGCCACUUCUUUGGCACUGUGUGUCCUGGAGCUCAGGAACAACAGUGGAAGCCCCUCUCCCCUCUGAGUGGGGAGGGUCUCACUCAUCUGACCAAACCACAUUCAGCUCCUCUUUCCUGGGGUCGCCUGAAUUGGGAUUUAGGCCUUUGGAAAAGGUCCCCGACCCACCCUGGCACUGGGCUCCCCUUCAGACGAUCGCAUGAGCAAGGGGGAGCAAACGCCCACCGCAGUGGGGUGGGGGGUGGGGAUUCCAUCCCUGGAUCUCUGCCUCAGCCUCCGCAGCAAUGUCGGAGGAGAGGUUAGGGAGUGGGCUUUGGGGAGGACAGAGGCUUCCCCCUCCCCGCUCUCCCCCAUUCCUUGCCUGCCAAUUAGUUUCUUGCCUUAAGUGCAAUAAGCCAGCCUGUCCUGCUGUGGCCCAAGGGGUCUUCCUUGGCAGGGCCUCUAUGGCUUUCGCGUUGAGCCGAGGGGGCUUUUCAGGAAGUUGGUGGUUCCUGGGCACAGGAGGCAGAAUUAAAGCGGGGCUGGAAUGUCCCCGGCCGGCCAGGCCAAGUUCUUUGGGAUCCGGCUGUGUCCCCCCACUGGUCCUCCCUCUCCUCUGAGGCACGCGGGCGCCUAGUAAUCCUCUCCCCUCCAAAACGGAGAGAACUACAACAUAGAGAAUUAUUGUGUGGCUAAGAGGAUCUGCUUAAAAGAUUUGGGUUUAAUUCGGAGGCUUUCUGGCGGGGGACAGAGCAUCUCUGGGAACAGAUGGUGACAUUUUGAGGACGAGGGAGGGAAUUAAAAUGACUCUAGUAGGAAAAGGCAAGAAUUCUUAUUAAAACAUAACCUCCUUGCUUAGCAGCAAGACAAGUGCAGACCCUGCCCCACUGCGUGUCCUGCGUUGGAGUUGACCCAGUGCGCCCCCUCCCCAGCUGCAGCUGAGGCUCUCCUGCAGAGCCCUCUGUUCCCCCUUGGCAGUGGUCACUGCCCCCUCCCCUUUGUUUCCUGCCAAGGAGAGCAAGUGGCGAUGGGGGUCAAUGCAGCUGCUCCCGUGCGUUGCGUUGCAUCUGGUUUUGCGGUCCAGAAUCCUCAACCCUGAAAGGGGCUUGUGACGGGGGAGCUACAAGCUGAGUGCUGAGACGCAAACAGCAGGUUCCACUUGCUUUGUGUUGUGAUGGUCGAAGCUCCGACGGGUCAACACGUGCCCCCCCCCCCCACCUCCCUGUAGCAUGCUCUUGUUUUUCUCUGUUUCUUUUCUGCCGACCCUGCAAGGACUCCCUGACCAGUCCAGCUGGGUUCCCCGUGCUGUUUGUUUCUCUGGCAUCCGCUCUGUAGGAUAGGUUAGAUGAUCUUCAUUGUUUCUUUACUGUGAGUUGUGCCUUUUUUGGUCUCCCAAUCUUCCAAUACAGGCCUAUUGGAGAUAACUCUUAAUAAAAUCAUAGACAGAA